AAAAACUUUCUUAAUCAUGUUUUAAUCUUAUUGUUUCUCACAUUCCUAGUUUUAAUUAUCCAAGAAUUACUCUCCUGUAGUUCUCUGGUCAUUAGAUUUUGUUCAUUGAGAAUUUGUCAGUGGCUUUACUUCUUUAAACCUAAAAGAAGGCAAAGAUUACAGUAAAUUGCUAGAAAUACGUAAUGGCUGAACUGGCUGCUGCUACUGCUGCUGCUUCCAAAGCUGCAGAGAAAGUUACAGAGACAGUUUGUGAAUUCGGUUGUCAGCAAGUUAACUAUGUGUUUAAGUACCAGAGCUACAUGAAGAAGCUGAAGGAGCGAGUUAAGGAGCUCAGAAGUAGAAGAGAAGAUGUGGAAGAAGAUGUAAAAGUGGCUGAAAGACAAGGUGAAGAGAUUUAUAAUGAAGUUACUGAGUGGCUGAAGGGUGUGGAAGAGUUCGUGGAACGGGUAGCAAAGCUCGUUGAUGAUGAAGAUAAAACAAAGAUGCGCUGUUUCAAAGGCUUGUGUCCUCAUUUGAUUAAACGUUUCAGGCUCAGCAAAGAAGCAGAGAAGGUGGCGGAGGACGGUGCAGAUCUAUUGGAACAAGGAAAAUUCAGUAGAGUUUCCCACCCCCACUUUCUACAGAGGACGGAAUCCAUAUUUUUGGAUGAGGGAUAUGAACACUUCCUGUCUAGAGAGUCAAAUUUCCAGGAUAUCAUGGACACAUUGAAGGAUUCUAGUGUUAAUAUGAUUGGAGUAUACGGUAUGGGUGGUGUGGGCAAAACCACACUGGUCAAAAAAGUUGCUUGGAAAGCCAAGGAAGAUAAGUUAUUUGAUGAGGUGGUGAUUGCUGAGGUAACAGAAACUCCCGAUCUUAAACAAAUUCAAGCCGACAUUGCUGGUCAAUUGGGCAUGGUAUUUAAGGACCAGGAGAGUCUUUAUGGAAGAGCUGAACAAUUACGUUACAGGUUGAAGAAAUACAAGAAAAUUCUUGUAAUAGUAGAUAAUAUCUGGGAGAAGCUUAACCUGAAGGUUGUUGGAAUUCCAAUUUGCCGUGAUGAGAAACUGCAAUGCACAAUAUUGUUAACAGCUAGAACACUAGUUGUAUUAAAUCAAAUGAAGACCCAGAAGAAUAUAUCGGUUGAGCCAUUAGCUAGUGAUGAUGCAAGGAAUUUGUUUGGGAGCAUUGUUGGUAAUUUAUCAGAAAAAGGCCAUAUAGCAGCUGAACUAGUCGAAAAAUGUGCAGGUUUACCACUUGCAGUUACAACAAUUGCAAAUGCUUUGAAAGGUAAAAGUGAUUCUGUCUGGAAGGAUGCCUUACUUCAGUUAAAAAGUUAUAAUCCUAUAUGCGUUCCAGAGAUGGAUAACACUUUAUACUCAACUAUUGAAUUGAGUUACAGAUUGUUGAACAGUGAAGAAGCGAAGUUACUACUUCUACUUUGUGCUCUAUUUAAUGAUAGACAUGUCUCUUUCUUCUUGUUCAGCGCAAUGGGGUUGGGCUUGUUUGAAAAUGUUCAUACAAUUAAUGAUGCAAGAAAUAGAUUAAAGUCGCUGAUUGAUUAUCUCCAAGCUUCGUGUUUGUUGUUGAAAAGUAAUAAUAACGAGAGGGUCAAAAUGCAUGAUGUCGUUCAUACUGUUGUUCUAUCAAUUGCAAAAGAGAAAUGUAUAUUUGAUAUUCCAGAUGUCGAGGGCAUUAAGGAAGUGCUAAUGAAGAGAAUGUACAGACAUUCAAUUGCAAUGUCUUUGUUCUAUAGACAUACUGAUGGUGAUGGACUUCCCGAAAGGGUAGAGUUUCCACAACUUAACUUGUUUACUUUGUGUAUUGAAGAAGAACUUUCUUUACAAAUCCCAGAACACUUUUUCGAAGGAAUGAAGGAACUCAAAGUACUAGAAUUGGGAGGAGUUCAAUUAUUACCACCACCACCAUCAUUUGGUUGCUUAGCAAACCUUAAAAGAUUGUAUCUCCGUGAUUGCUACUUGGGAGAUAUAACAAUGAUAGGAGAGCUAAGGAAAUUAGAGACUCUUACAUUCAUAAGUUGUGAUUUUGAAAAAUUGCCUGAAAGUUUCAAACAGCUGACAGAACUUAAGCUAUUACAGUUGAGCCAUUGUCCAAAGCUUAAAGUAAUCCCACCAAAUGUCAUAGCCAGCUUGUCUCGAUUAGAAGAGCUAUAUAUAUAUAACAGCUUUGAUCGAUGGGAAGUUGAAGGACAAAAUAACGCUAGUCUCGCAGAGUUGAAGGAAUUGUCUCAAUUGAACACUUUAUGCAUACAUAUCCUGACGGUGCAGAUCAUACAGCAAGAUUUUAUUCCAGUGAACUUAGAAAAGUAUAAAGUACAUAUUGGAGAUGUAUGGGACUGGUCUUAUGAAUAUGAAACCUCGAGAACGUUGAGACUAAAGUUCAACGGAAGCCUUCAUGUGAGGUAUGGAAUUGAAAUUUUAAUGGAGAAAGCAAAAUAUCUCUAUCUAGAUCAGCUGGAUGGCGUUAAGGAUAUGCUUUGGGAACUUGACAGAGAAGGUUUCCCAGGAUUAAAGCAUCUCUCUGUACAAAAUAGUUCUGAAAUUUUGUCUAUUGUCAACUCAAUGGAGUGCAUUCAUUCUAAUGAUGCCUUUCCAAUCUUAGAAUCAAUGUUUCUUAUUAAUCUAAGUAAUAUGGAGCAGAUAUGUUGCGGUCUAGAUAGUGCAAAGUCUUUCAGCCAAUUAAGAAUCAUAGAAGUAGCUAAAUGUGACAAGUUGAGGUAUCUCUUCUCAUCCUCCAUGGCCAAAAACUUAUUGCUGCUUGAAAAAAUUGAUGUAACUAAUUGCGAGAUGCUAAAGGAGAUUUUUGGUGAAGAAAGCAAAGACCAUGUUGAUGAAAACAAAAAGGAUUGUAAGAUUGAGUUUAAACAGUUGCACUCCCUAGUGCUACAAGGCCUACCCCAGUUCAUAAGUUUUGGCUUGGAGGUUGUUUUAACAAGAUUGGAGAACUUGAAGCUGUCCUCAAUCAAUACUGAGAAUAUAUGGGUUAAUCUAUUCCAGCCCAUGUCUUCAUAUAUUCGAUGCUUAAAAAGCUUAACCGUGGAAGAGUGUAACAGUUUGAAGUUUCUGUUUUCAUCUUCUGUGGUCAAAAGUUUAGUGCAACUCCAAAAGCUUGUGAUAUGCAACUGUAAGUCAAUGGAAGCAGUAAUAUUUGACUCAGAAGGACUAGAAGGAGCAGAUAAGAUAAUUGAAAUGACUUUUCCUAAACUAUUCUGCUUGAAGCUACAAGGGCUUCCAAAACUCACAAGAUUUGGUAUUGGAAAUUCACUUCAAUUCCCUACCUUGAAUGAACUUCACAUUGAGAGUUGCUCUAGUUUAAGGACAUUCUUCCCCAAUUCAUCUAGUGUAGACGCACUAAGAAUAGAAUCAGGAGAAGAGAGCUUGGAGAACAUUCUUACUACUAAUAUAGAGCCCCUGUUUGACAACAAGGUUGAUUUGCCUGGCUUGGAGAAGUUGACGCUCUUACACUUGGAUAACUUGCAGUUGAUGUGGCACAUUCAACUUUGUGAAGACUCCUUUUGCAAAUUAAAAGAAGUGAGAGUUCAGUUUUGUAAAAAAUUGAUGACUAUUGUUCCAUCUGAUAGUACUCAAGGACUUCUUACCUUUCAAAAUCUAGAAACAUUAACUGUUGAGAACUGUUGGAAUUUAAAAAGUCUGUUUCCAAUUUCCAUAGCUACAAGUCUUUUGCAACUCAAAAAACUCAGGCUAGUCUGUUGCGGUUUGGGGGAAAUUGUUGCCAAGGGGGAAGUAGCUGGGGCACCGAUAUUUUUGUUUCCUCAAUUAAGCUAUCUCAAACUAAAUAAUUUACCACAGCUCAAACAUUUCUACUUGGGGUCCUAUACAACAGAGUGGUCAAUGCUUAAACAAUUGGAGGUGUUCGAUUGUAAUAAAAUAAAAUUAUAUGCUUUCAACGGAGAGAGCCAACCUGCCCUAUUUUCGUUUGAAAAGGUCAUACCCAAUUUGGAAAUAUUGGGUUUAAAUGCCGAUAACGUAACAUCCUCAUGUCUCGACCCUAUUCCAGCUAGGAGUUUUGGGAAACUUAAAUUUCUUGGACUGGAUAGCUUUGAUGAUUACUCAGUAGGGUUUCAGUUUGGUCUUCUUCAAAAAACGCACAAUUUGGAAGCACUCUGUCUGUAUGAUUGUACAUUCCAAGAACUACUUCCAUAUAAAGGAUAUUCAAGGAAACAAAAUUCCAAUAUGGAAACAUUUCUUCAAAAUCUUCAAACUCUGGAAGUUUGGAGAUGUCAUCGUUUGACAUAUUUGAUGUCAUCCUCAGUCAUCUGCUUAAAAAACAUUAAGAGUUUGAAAGUCUACCGUUGUAAUGGAUUGAAAAAUAUAUUGUCAUGCUCUGCAGCAACAGCUCUUGUCCAUCUCACAACAAUCUCAGUAAAAGAAUGUGAGUCAGUGAGAAUGGUUGUAGCGACUGAGGUAAGUACAACAGAAGAAGAGAUUGUUUUUAGCCAGCUAAAAAAGUUGAAGCUUCAGUGUUUGAAAAACCUCACAUGCUUCUGCUCUGCCAAUUAUGCAUUCCAAUUCCCAUGCUUAGAACAUGUAAUUGUGAGUCAAUGCCCUAGUAUGAAGACUUUUUCUCAAGGAGGUUUAAGCACACAAAAAUUAGACAAGGUGCAACUAACUAAAAAGAUCAAGACAGAGUCUUUUUGGAAGGAUGAUCUUAAUUCCACAAUCCAACACAUGUUUACAAAUAUGGUCGGUUUCAGCAACAUAGAGGAUCUGAAACUCUCUGAAUUCCCAGAAUUAAAAGAAAAGAUUUGGCAAUCUGAAGUUCCGGAUGACUUAUUUUAUAAUUUAAAGUCACUAGUUUUGGAUGCAUUUUUGGAAUCAUCAAGUGCAAUUCCAUCUCAUGUAUUAAGCGGCUUAAAAAAUCUGGAAACACUGGAAGUAAGAAAUUGUGAUUCGCUGAAACAAAUGUUUGAUACAGAAAGAACACUAAAUGUUGAUGGACAUACUUCAAAGAGAAGCCAUCAAGAUGUUUUAAACUUGAAGAAUUUGAAGUCUCUUAAAGUGCACAAAUGUAAUGGAUUGAGGUAUAUAUUUACACCGUCUGUCAUCCUUAGCCUUGCUCAACUUCAAGAUAUAGAAGUAAACAACUGUGCUUUGAUAGAAGAAAUCAUCAGGAAAGAAGGAGAAAAUGAUGCAGAGAUUGAUAAAAUUUAUAUCCCCCAACUCAACUCCAUUAGUCUUGAGGCAUUGCCAAACUUGGCAAGAUUCUGUUCAGGAAUUAGAAGUUUGGCUUGUCCAUCCUUGAAAAGUAUUAGAGUAGCCAGAUGUCCAAAGAUUGAAACAUUCGUUUUUGCUGAUAUGAAGCACCAAUCAGAGCGUAUUGCACCUUUCUUCUGUGAAAAGGUUGCUUUUCCAAACUUGGAGGAGAUGCAACUCGUGCGCUUGGGUAACUUGAAUUUGAUAUGGCACAACCAACUCGAUGGAGAUUCUUUUUGCAAAUUAAAAGAAGUGAGAGUUGAAUUCUGUGAAAAUUUGGUGACCAUGGUUCCAUCUGAUAGUACUCAAGGUGUUCUUGCCUUUCACAAUCUAGAAACAUUAAUUGUUGAGAACUGUUGGAAUAUAAAAUGUCUGUUUCCAGUUUCCAUAGCUACCAGUCUUUUGCAACUCAAAAAACUCAUGCUAUUCUCUUGCGGUUUGGAGGAAAUUGUUGCCAAGGGAGAAGUAGGUGGGGCACCUAUAUUUUUGUUUCCUCAAUUAACGUGGCUCAGACUAAAUAAUUUACCAAAGCUCAAACAUUUCUACUUGGGGUCCUAUACAGCGGAGUGGUCAAUGCUUAAGCAAUUGGAGGUGUACGAUUGUAAUAAAAUAAAAAUAUAUGCUUUAGAUGGGGAGAGCCAACCUACCCUAUUUUCGUUUGAAAAGGUCAUACCCAAUUUGGAAACAUUGGGUUUAAAUGCUGAUAACGUAACAUCCUCAUGUCUCGACCCUAUUCCAGCUAAGAGUUUUGGGAAACUUAAAUUUCUUGGACUGGAUAGCUUUGAUGAUUACUCAGUAGGAUUUCAGUUUGGUCUCCUUCAAAAAUUGCACAAUUUGGAAACACUUGGUCUAUAUGAUUGUACAUUUCAAGAACUACUCCCAUAUGAAGGAUAUGCAAGGAAACAAAAUUUCAGAAUGGAAACAUUUCUCCAAAAUCUUCAAACUCUGAAAGUAUGGAGAUGUCAUUGUUUGACAUAUUUGAUGUCAUCCUCAGUCAUCUGCUUCAAAAACAUUAAGAAUUUGAACGUCUACAGUUGUAAUAGAUUGAAAUAUAUCUUGUCAUGUUCCGCAGCAACAGCUCUUGUCCAUCUCACAACAAUCUCAGUAAGUGAAUGUGAGUCAUUGAGAAUGGUUGUAGCGACUGAGAUAAAUACAACAGAAGAAGAGGUUGUUUUUAGCCAACUGAGAAAGCUAAAGUUUCAUUGUUUAAAAAGUCUCACAUGCUUCUGCUCUGCGAAUUAUGCAUUCCGAUUCCCAUGCUUAGAACAAGUAAUUGUGAGUCAAUGCCCUAAUAUGAAGACUUUUUCUCAGGGAAGUUUAAGCACACAAAAAUUAGACAAGGUGCAACUAACUAAAAAGAUCAAGGCAGAGUCUUUUUGGAAGGAUGACCUUAAUUCCACAAUCCAACACAUGUUUACAAAUAUGGUUGGUUUCCGCAACAUAGAGGAUCUGAAACUCUCUGAAUUCUCGGAAUUAAAAGAAAAAAUUUGGAAAUCUGAAGUUUUGGAUGACUUAUUUUAUAAUUUAAAGUCACUAGUUUUGGACGCAUUUUUGGAAUCAUCAAGUGCAAUUCCAUCGCAUGUGUUAAGCGGCUUUGAAAAUCUGGAAACACUGGAAGUAAGAAAUUGUGAUUCGCUGAAACAAUUGUUUGAUACAGAAAGAACACUAAAUGUUGAUGGACAUACUUCAAAGAGAAGCCAUCAAGAUUUUUUAAACUUGAAGAAUUUGAAGUCUCUUAAAGUGCACAAAUGCAAUGGAUUGAGAUAUAUAUUUACACCAGCCAUCAUCCUAGGCCUUGCUCAACUCCAAGAUAUAGAAGUAAAAAACUGUGCUUUGAUAGAUGAAAUCAUCAGGAAAGGAGAAAAUGAUGCAGAGAUUGAUAAAAUUUAUAUCCCCCAACUCAACUCCAUUAGUCUUGAGUCAUUGCCAAACUUGGCAAGAUUCUGUUCAGGAAUUAGAAGUUUGGCUUGUCCGUCCUUGAAAAGUAUUAGAGUAGCCAGAUGUCCAAAGAUUGAGACAUUUGUUUUCGCUGAUAUGAAGCACCAAUCAGAGCAUAUUGCACCUCUCUUCUGUGAAAAGGUUGCUUUUCCAAACUUGGAGGAGAUGCAACUCGUGCACUUGGGUAACUUGCAGUUGAUAUGGCACAACCAACUCUAUGGAGAUUCUUUUUGCAAAUUAAAAGAAGUGAGAGUUGAAUUCUGUGAAAAUUUGGUGACUAUUGUUCCAUCUGAUAGUACUCAAGAACUUCUUACCUUUCAGAAUCUAGAAACAUUAACUGUUGAGAACUGUUGGAAUAUAAAAAAUCUGUUUCCAGUUUCCAUAGCUACUAGUCUUUUGCAAAUCAAAAAACUCACGCUAUUCUCUUGCGGUUUGGGGGAAAUUGUCGCCGGGCAGGAAGUAGAUGAGGCUCCAAGAUCUUUGUUUCCUCAAUUAACUAUGCUCAAACUAGAUAAUUUACCAGAGCUCAAACAUUUCUACUUGGGGUUGCAUACAGCAGAGUGGCCAAUGCUAAAGGAGUUGUAUGUGUAUGAUUGUAACAAGAUCAAAGUAUAUACUUUAUAUGGAGAGAGCCCACCGGCCCUCUUUUCGUUUGAAAAGGUCAUACCCAAUUUGGAAUCAUUGGGUUUAAAUGCAGAUAAUGUAAAAUCCAUAUGCAUGAAUCGUAAUCUAGCAGGUAGCUUUGGAAACCUUAAAUUUCUUCGUGUGGUUGGCAUUGAUGAGGAUUCAUUAGCAUUUCAGUUUGGUCUCCUUCAAAAAUUGUACAAUCUGGAAGCACUGGAUUUGUAUAAUUGUACUUUCCAAGAACUACUCCCAUAUGAAAGAUAUGCAAGGAAACAAGAUUCCCAAGUGGAAACAUUUUUCCAAAAUCUUCAAACUUUGAGAGUAUGGAGUUGUCAUUGUUUGACAUAUUUGAUGCCAUCCUCAUACAUUUGCUUCAAAAAUAUAAAGCAUUUGGAAGUCUACAGUUGUAAUGGAUUGGCAAAAAUAUUAGCAUGCUCAGUGGUGAGAACUCUUGUUCAAAUCACAACAAUCAAAAUCAGAGAAUGCGAGUUAGUGACAGAGGUUAUAGCAACUGAGAUAGAGUCAAUGGAAGAUGAGAUUGUUUUCAGCCAAUUAAAAACAUUGGAGCUUCAUUGUUUGAAAAGUCUUGUAUGUUUUUGCUCUGCCAAUUACACUUUCCAAUUCCCAUGCUUAGAACAAGUGAUUGUGAGUCAAUGCCCCAAUUUCAAGAUUUUUUCUCAUGGAGGUUUAAGCACACCAAAACUAAAGAAGGUACAAUUAACAGAAAAUAUUGAUGUUGAAUAUUUAUGGAAGGGUGACCUUAAUUCCACUAUCCAGCACGUGUGGGAUUUGUGUGUCUUAAACUUUUAGUUGAAGGGCAUAAUUGUGAUUCAUUAAAGUUGGGGUUAAUAUGUCAUUUCUUGGUAUGGUCAAACUAGUCAUCUAUUGGUUUGGAUAUUUUACUAACCUUGAGUUUAAAAAACCAAGGUUAUUUCAAUCGGCGAAAUUUGAUAUGUUCAAUGUGUGUCUCAAACAGUUUUGUAAUAUUGCGAAUAAGUCAUGGGCAUUUUGUUAAUUCAUGAGUUAUGAUAUUUUUCACCAAGGAUAUAAAAGCAGUGUUUUACCUUGGUUAUUUUGCUUUUUCUACAUUUGAUUAGUUCUUCUCUUUUAAGUCCAAUCGUCUUUCUCUCAUUGUUGUUAUGGUUUUGUCUAGUUUCUCGAUUUGUUGAUUUUGGUCAGUUGGGUGAGAAAUUUGUGGGUUCUCUUUGUUGGAUCUUUCUUUGUUAGGUUAAUAGUUUAUUAAUCUUGUUGGUUUGGAUGAACUAUUGUAUAAAUUUUGUACUUGGACAAUAUAUUAAUGGAUUGACUAGA